ACAGUAACAGACAUUUGGAGCUGAAGGUGUUGGAGGCUCAGGAUGAAGAAAGGCUGCUGGAGACUGACCCUGGCCCUCGUUGUGGUCUUGGCCAGCACACACACAGAAGCUUCAUUUUCCCGCCACAUGGAUGACUUCAUCAGGGCGGUGAAGCAGGUGGAGGAUGGGGACCCUGGGGCAGAGCCAGUAGCCGUGUUGAAGAGGCUGCGCCGGGCAGCUGGCCUAGACGAUGCAUUCAUUCAGCACUUCCUCGGCCGCGUCGACCCCAGUGGUCCCGACAUGGACGCCGGCCUCUCGGAUUACAUCAGCAAGGCUGUGCGGCACAGGGUGACUGAUGAUGGCAGAGAGGAAGGUGUGGUUCUGACCUCUGAUGGCACCACCGUGGCCCUCGUGCCGCUCCUCCUGGGCAUCGAGGCUGGUUUCCUCUCCAAGUCUAAUGGGCGUGUCAGGGGUCUGUACCAGCUCACUCUGGCCAAAGACCUCAGCCGUCCUCUCAGGCGCAGCUCUCCUCUCGCCCAGCGUCUGGGACCUGACGGCUGCUGGGACAGCUUAACCUCUCCUCGAGUCUUCACCCUCUCGGACCCCCCCGCGAUGCUCACCACCGCUCAGGUCAACGGAGGCAUGGAUGGCUCCGUUAUAGGGAUGGAGGUCUCUGCCAAAACCAGACGUCCUCUCAAGCUCAGCAGUCUGCUGGCAGAGUACUACUGCCACCAGCUGGACAACGGAGGACUGGACGCCGCCCCGCGCCUCAUCAGCCGACGUCGCAGGGAGAACUUCAGAGCCCUGGUCGUCCCUCCAUUGCUGGCCAGACAGGUGAUGAAGUCAGUAGAGCUGCAGCGGACUCUGAAGGGGCGAUCAAAGAUGGAGGUGAAGGACAGGAAACAGCUGAUGGCUGCAGUGAAGGAGGGAAUUAAAGAGUUUGUCCAUAAGUACAUGGAUUGCCCCCCAAUCAUACCUCGCUGUAUGUGGGGUGCAGAGCCGUACAGAGGGACACCCACCAACCUGUCUCUGCCUCUGUCCUUCAUGUACAUCCACCACACUCACACACCGAGCCAGCCCUGUCUCACCUUCCAGCAGUGCUCUGCAGACAUGCGCUCCAUGCAGCGCUUCCACCAGGACGACAGAGGCUGGGACGACAUAGGAUACAGCUUUGUCGCAGGCUCCGACGGUCACAUCUACGAGGGCCGGGGCUGGCACUGGCGAGGAGCACACACCCUCGGGCACAACUCCAUAGGCUACGGCGUUUCCUUCAUCGGAGACUACGUCGCCGGUCUGCCCUCCCGGCAUUCCAUGAGGCUGGUGAGGGAUCAGCUGGCGUCUUGCGCUGUCGGCGGUGGGCGGCUGGUAGCUGACUUCACCCUGCACGGCCACAGACAGGUGGUGAACACUUCCUGUCCCGGAGAUGCUCUCUAUAAUGAGAUCAAAGGCUGGGGACACUUUGGGGAGGUCAAGAAGUGAUUAUCUGCGUGACAAGAUGAAGAGCUUUGGAUGACCUAAACUUCAAACCAUAAAUAUGUUUUUAAUGUGACACCUGAUCCUUGAAGCACUUUGCUGAUUAACCUUCUGUACAUGAGUAAAAUUUUAAAUACAGAACCUUUAUUUUUUAAUAAAGUGUUAUUAUUAUA